UGGAGAGAAACAGUUAUGAGGAUCGACGGUUUUACCAGGUAUUUACGAAAAAUGAGCCUCUGUGUAGUGUGAAGGCGCUCCCUCCACAUAACUGGGGAACCAGGGGGAGUGUGGAGAGGGGGGGACAGGACCACAACCCGGGCACCACCCAGGAGGAGGAGGAGCGAGGGAGCAGCUGAGAGGGAAGCAAUCAUCCUGUUGUUGGUAGCAAGUGAGUCCAGCCCUUCAGAUGAAGAGCCUUCAGUUCCGGAGCAUUGCCCCUAAGGCCCCGGCCGUGGUGCCCUCCCCCUCCCCUGCGGUCCUGUCCUGCCAGCCUCCCUCUGCCCUCCCUGAGGCAACCACUGCCUCCAGCCCCAAGUCCAUCAUUGUGCCCACCCAAAACUAUGCACUGAUGCAGAUAGCAGGCCAGGAUGGAACAUUCUCCCUGGUGGCGCUGCCCCCUUCUGUCUCCUCUCAGACACCACAGCAACAACAGCAGCAAACCCAGUCAAUCCAAAAGAACCUCAAACUGCCCAUUCCCAGAUACCAGCCAGUGAGGAGUAAGGGGACCACAGAUAAGCUUAAAUCCCCAUCACCAGCUGCAAGGAUGAAAACGACCUCCAAGACUGCUGUGACAUCGCAGACCAAGUCAGUGGUGGGUGGGACAUCAACAGCUAUGAAGAAGAAACAACAAGAGUCCAAGCACACAAAUGAAGCCCUAGUGCCCAAAGAGGAGCCUUCAGAGCAGGUAAUUCUGAUUGACCCAGGCUCCUCUGACAUCUCUGUCACUGCUCUGCUCCCAGACAAUGCUGUCCUGUAUCCCAGCUCACAGCUGGAACGGGCGUCAGAUAGCUCUGAACGACCUGCUACAACUGGCCUUAUUCAGAACCUCCAGUACCCAUCUACUGCUGUCACAAGCUCCCCAGGCAAAUCCCCAGAGGAAAGUAAGACCACGGUGAGGCUUUGCCAGUCUAAGCCCACUGCAGCCCAGCCUCAGAGCAGUAUUACUGUCCUGUCCCCAGCCAUCUUCAGCAAAGCGGUCCAGAUUAUCCCUUCCCCACCUAAGGGUAAACUGCCCAUUCUGCCCUACUCUAAAAUGAAGAGCACCCUCAUACCAGCUGCCAAGCUCAGCAGUUUGUCCCCAGAGAAGAAGGGUUUCUCCAGCCAGACAGGACAUACCAGCCCCGUAGAGCCCACAUCGAAGACCCUCGAACCACCUGAAGCCUUGAGUCACAACCAGGUUUCGAACUCUGCUCUACAGACCAAGACCACACUCAUGCCUGUGUUGGGGACCCUCCAGAAACCACCUGGCAAGAAGCGAGGGAGGAAGAGAAAGACAAUGGAAGACAUCUUGGCAUUUGAGGCCCGAAAGAAGAGGUCCUUAUCCUUCUUCCGUAGAAGGGUCCCUGAGAAACCGCCAGCAGUUGCUCCAGGCUCCAAGCAAAAGGAAGUUGAUAUUUCAAAGAAGUACCGGAGCAUCCGACCCAAGCCCAUGCUGGUUAUGGAAACAGUUCCCCAACUGGUUAGCUUGCCUGCCAUGACGUCAGAUGGCCAGGAACAGGAGCUUGUACUUGGUCAUCAGCUCCACACCACUACCACAACCAAGGCCCUUGACUGUCCUCCCCAACCAGCCCCAGUAACCCUCCAUCUGAGAGGUGCCUCCCAUCCCAGAGUGUUCAUAGGCAGCCGUCCCCUCCACCGCUGUCCCACCUGCAGCCGCUGUUUCCAGUUCAAGCACCACCUCCAGAGCCACAUGAACAGUCACACCAACAGUCGGCCCUACAUCUGUCCAGUAUGCCGCAAAGCCUACGCUCACUCCGGGAGCCUGAGCACCCACAUGAAGCUUCAUCACUCGGAGGUACGGCCACGUCGGUCUCUGUGCUGUGAGUUCUGUGAGAAGGCUUUUGGAUACGUUGGGGUGUACUUCAGUCACCUGAGAGAGGUCCACAAGGUGGUGCUGACUGUGGAGCCAUCCAUCAGCCAUCAUGAGGACGAUGUGUCUGUUGAGGGGGCCCACUCCCCAGAGCCAUCAGAUGAGCAGGACCGUGAAGACCCUGUGGAGCUGCAGAUCAAAUGUGGUCGUUGUCAGGCAAUCACUCCCACCUUUGCUGACAUGAAGAUGCACUUACUUUAUGUGCACAGGGAGGAGGUCCAGGUUAAACUCCAUGACGGCCAACCCCUGCGGCGUGGCCGCGAGGCUGAGGACGAACUGGUGAAGCACGCCGCCCACUAUUGGCGGCAGCUCAACGAGAAACGCAACCUGGUCAAGUGUGGCAGCUGUGAUGAGGAGUUCUUCUCUUUCUCCAAGCUCAAGAGGCACAUCAUGUCCCACCACCGUGGAAGAGAGGGGGAGGACAGUGGGACCAUCUCAUCACCAGAUAGUGGUGGAGGACUUGGUGUCCUUGCAGCAGGUGCAGCCUUUAACUGUGUGCUGUGCAGUGAGGUGUUGGACACUAAAGAGGGGGUUAUGGAGCACUGGAGGAGUUGCCACCACUGUGAGCAACCUAACCUGCUGUGGGAUGCCCUGAGCUCCUACUCUGGGCAGGAAGAGUGUGAGGUGGAUGGUGAUCUGGACACUCCUGCUCCAAGCCCGCAUUAACCAGCCUUGCCCUUGGAUGGGCACAGAGCCCGUCACUGUGGCUCCUCCUCAUACACACUCAGUUCUAACAAGCAGCAGCACAGGGACGGAGAGUCUCCCUUAUGUCUGUUUGCACUAGUUUCAUCUUUCACCAGUUGAGCCAUUUGACUUGGUCCAAAAGAAAAAAAAAAGGAAAUAUCAAGCCAGUGGUGAAAAUUGAUCUUUGUGUUACACGUCAUAAGGGAUAUUCUCCCAAAGUCAGAGAAUCCAAUUUUAUAAACAUUAUUGUUUUUCAUGUUAUUUUGAUUGCACUGUUCUGUUUUCUUUGACUUCAUUUGUUUGGAGGUAUGUAUUUAAUAUCCUGUUGAAAAUUAGAUGAUUUUUUUUUUACUGCUUAUUUAAAUGUUACUAAAAGGGUAAUUUAUAAUCUAGCUGACAUAGUAAAGCUGUUAAAUGGUCAUUUCACCCAAACACUUACCUCUUGUGGUAUCUAGCCUUACAUAUUCAGUUUUAUGUGCUCAUUUUGAGAAAUCUGUGGUGAGAUUUCUGCCUCCAAUCUAAUGAAAAAUGACAUUUCAAAAGUUCAACAACAACACUGUUUUUGGCAUUUUAUGCCUUUAUUAGAGAGCGAUAAUAGAGGGAAGACUAGAAAUGAGGGAGAGGGAGAUGCAGCAAAGGUCCUUGGCCGGAUUCAAACCAGAGGCGUCGCAAUUCGUGGUCGGCAUUUUAACCCUAAAGCCAGUUCUUUUCUUGGAAGACGAAUAGCAGUUCAGUUUAUAAAAUGUCAUUUUUAAAUGCUGUGACUUCCACAAAACAAAAUUCUGUUGACCUCCACUGUGUUGGAGCGCAGGCAGAAAUCUCAAAGUUCACAUCUUUGACAUCAACUCAAACAACCAAACUGAUAUGCAAGGCUUAGUACCACGAGGGGGAAAGUGCGAAAAUAUGGUUUUCGUUUACAUCCUUUAAUUUGGGUGGAAUGAUCCUUUAAAACACUGAGAAAUGUAAAUCUCAUAACAAGGGCACACUGUCUACUGUCACACUAGCUGACAAUUUAUCUUUUGGCCUUGGAUUAUUACAGAUUAAACUAAAUCAGUAUCUGUACAGUCCAUUUGUGUAAUAUUGCUCCUGUAAUGGAAAAAAUUAAUAUUUUCAGUUAUGACUUGAAUGCUCACAGUCUGACUAAGGGCAGUAUUAAGGUCCUCUGUCAACUUUGGACCCAUGAAGGAACACUUUCCUAACCAGCACCCAAGUGACAUCCUUGUGGCCUUCUGAAAAAAAAAAAAAAAAAUUGUUCAUGCGUAAUGUGGCUUAUCAUCAGUAUGGUCCUCUGUAGGCCAAGUUCUAUCUCCUUGACUCGUUGAUUAAUGCCUAUAUGUGUAUUUUAUGAUAUGCCAAGGGUCUAUUCACACUAGUGAUUGUAGAAGUGAGUUUUGCAUUUAAGCUUUUUAACCACUGAUGGGAUACCGUUUGUUGAUUUAGUAAAUACGCAAAGGAAACCAUCAAAUUGCCUACCCGUCGUUGCCAGCUCAUGUACGCACCUGUGGAAUUGUGUGCACCCAGACUCUAUCAUAGGAGUUAAUAUGAACCGUGGUCAAGUCCAGAAAAAUAUGCUAUUUUAUACUCUAGAUUAAUACAGAUCUUUUAGUAUAUUUAUGCUUGUGGUUGGUCCUUAAAGAACCAGCACUGAGACAUUUGUUACAGUUGCUUCUUCUAAUUUGGGGGGGGGGGGGUAACGUCUUGUUUCUCGAUUGGGCGGUCACUACUACAUGGCGAGUAGCUCUGUUAACAUUUGUCUGUGUUUAUCUUUCAUAUAAAGAAAAAAAAAUAUCACAGGGUCAAGUGAAUGUACCUGAAUGUUUUAAAAACCCUACCAAAAGUAUAUGCUAUAUAGACUUAUUCUAUAGAUAGAAUAUAUAGAUAUAUUGAGAAAAAAAAACCAUAUAUAUUUACAUAGAGUAACUAGUGAAUCAGCUGCUUUGUUUUGUCACAGUGGAAGGAGGGAAACAAGAGAUGAAUAUAUCAUUGCCAAAACUGGCAACAAAAGCCAUGCAGAGCUGUCCUUAUGUGUCUGACACAAAGCGUAGGACUGUGAAUGAAGGGCAAAGCACUGAUGUGUACAUGUCGCACUGAGUGGGUAAACUGCAGUAUGCUGUACUACUGUUCGUUGAAUGCCAUGUUUGAGUGUUCAUCAGUGAACUGUCCUUUGUUUUCAUGCCCUCAACACAAACCAGGAAGUGACAGAAUUAAGGGUCAGACUCUUUCUUUCCUCAGUUAGAUGAGAAACAUACAUGACUGUCAGCACAAGUCAGAAAGUGAAAAAUCCCACAUUAGGUGAUUUAAUGUGUUUGGCUCACUUAAUAUGUCGACUGUGUCCAAAAAAAAAAAAAAAAAAAGAAAAAAGAAAAGACCGUCUGUGCUUGUGACUGUUUGUGUACCUGAAGAACCUGAUGUUUAUGAGAAUAAAGAUAUGCUUUGUUGAUGA